UACCGUAGGAUUUUGCAGAGAGCUCGUGUGGACUGGAGCGGGCGACCGUGCGGUGGGAAAGAAUGAUAAAAUCACUCCGAUUCCGCCACAUAACCCGUGUCGGCCGAACUUUCUCCAGUCGUAAAUCCUUCCGAUCUAGCGUGGCGAGACCCACCCGUGCUCUCUCCAGGCAUCCGCGCGGCCACGCAGGCGGUUCAAGAAAGCAGUCCAUGCGAAAGGUCCGCCAGCGGCUGCUGCUGCUUUCUUUUCUCGUUCCUUUCCCUGGUGGCGAAACGCAGCGCGUCCUCGCUUGCUUGUCCCUCGAUGUUGAACUCUCUCAAGUAAUUGACAUAAGUUGGAUCCGAAAAUCUACUGGGUCGCUCUCCGCCUCCCAGAAUUUGGAUCGCGAGCAGUGGCAAGGAGUAAGUAGGCUGGCAUAAUGGCAGCAAGAACUGUCAGAAAACAGCUCAAUCAUGGUGAUAUUGAUGAAAGGAAAAAUGAAAGUAUGGACAAAUCAGAAUCGGAUGCUCUAAGAGAACCUCUUCUUGGAAAACAUGAUAAUGAUGAGAGCUACACUGAGAGAGAUAGCUGCAGAGGCCAGCAAGACUUCUGGGAUGACAAGAAGCAGGAGUGCCUCCAAUGGGCAUAUCAUGUGUCACACUUCAUUUCUCAAUCAGCAAAGAGAAUUGCAAAUAUCUUCAUUGGAUUUGGAUCUUUCUUAUGGAGGCUUUUCUGUCAUUCUUCCAUCAGUCAAAUUAGGCACAAUGAGAAGAAAUUUCAUAUACAUCUUAGUCCUUUACAGGAAGAAAGAUUAAGAAAUUUAAGGCAGAGGUUGGAGGUCCCAUUUGAUAUCUCCCAAGCAGAUCAUCAGGAUGCCCUGAAACAACUUUGGGGGUUGGCUUAUCCUAAUCGAGAUAUUCCUCCUCUUAAAUCAGAUUUAUGGAAGGAGAUGGGUUGGCAGGGUUCUGACCCAUCAACAGAUUUCAGGGGCGGUGGAUUUAUAUCACUGGAGAACCUAAUCUAUUUUGCGAAAAACUACCCAGAUUCGUUCCAUAGACUGCUACAUAAACAAAAUGGAACAAGAGCUGUAUGGGAGUAUCCAUUUGCUAUAGCUGGAAUCAAUAUAUCCUAUACACUGGUACAAAUGCUGGAGCUGCAGUCUGACAAACCAACUUCCAGAGCUGGAGCUCGUUUUCUGGAACUGCUUGGAGAAGAUGAGAUGGCAUUUGAUAAUCUCUACUGUGUGGCCUUUCAGAUGUUGGAUGCACAGUGGCUAGCAAGACGAGCUACUUACAUUGAAUUUAAUGAGGUUCUGAAGUCCACAAGAACACAAUUAGAGCAAGAGCUUGUGCUGGUAGAUAUCUUCAGCAUUCAAGACUUGACUGCAUACAAAACAUUAAAUAGGUAGUGUUUUCAUCUUUGGAAACUGUUAUUGGUUCUUUAUAGUUUCUAGUGAUCUUCUGUUUGUAAAAUUUAUCAAUGUUAUAUUUGCAUAAAUACAUCAUGCAUCAACAACAAUUGGCUAAUGACUUACUUUUCUCCCUCUCCGUGUGUAUUGAUAGCAGAUAAAGGAUCUUAACCUCGAAUAAAAGGAAAGAAUUUCCCAGUUGGAUCCUCAUAACACAAAAAUGAAUAUUUUGAACCUGAAGUAGAAGAAUCGUAUGUUUUGAUGCUUUAUUAAACAAACUUGGCUUUGGGUUGAUAACAGGGAGAAAUGAAAUUCAGCUAUAGAUGGCCAUGCCUGUGGUAGGACUAUGAAUAGGGUGGUUUUAGCCAAAGCAAGACCAGACUCAUUCUACAAUUGGUUGAACACUUUGGGCCUGAAUCUCUGGUCGAAAUUUUCUUCAUAUUUCUUCGUUCCUUUUCUUCUUGCUGAUGGCUAUAUGUAUAUAUUUUUUGUUGGUUUAGAUUAUGUUGAUUUUUCAAGAUGACUUAUAAACAGGCUUAAGUUUCAGAGCCAAAAAAACAGACCUCAAAUUCGAGUUCAGAUUCAUAUAGAUCAAAGUAUGCUCCAUCUGAUUCCAAAUCCUAACUUACAUUUUGGAAUUGUGUAUGAGAGAGAGGAAGAAACUCUUGAUUUCAUUACAUGAAAGAUUGAUUUAGGUUCAUUUUUCAGUUUUAUGUUUUCAAGGGGCCCACACAAUUAGAUGCAUUGAAAAUCUUCCUCCUUAAACAGUGCCUGGGGAUUCAUGCGGAUCUUAUUCUUGUUUUAAUGUCUUCCAUGUUCACCACUAUUUUGGUAAGUUAUAUGCAUUAAAGGCAAAUAAUAUGUUGAAAUCAAUUUGAAUUGUAUUUUGAUCCAAAUCAAACAGCAUCUAGCAUAUAUCUAAGCGGCGUCUAUUUCCUAACAUGAUCGAACCUCAUAAAUGUUCAAGAAUCAAAAGAGUCAGCAUUUAAUGAUUCUUAAGUAGUUGGAAUAUUUUAAUUUGGGUGCCAGAACCAUCAUAAGACUUCUUUAAUUAAUUAAGCAACUUCCGUUACUAAUCUACUACUAUCAUAUUUUGCCAUAACCAUUGAUAGUGCAAUUUUAAAUGAGUUAAGGAUUGUGCAUUUAUGUUUAGAAAUUUAUUGUAUAAAAAUUUAUUUAGAAAUGCAAGCCAAUGAAGCUAAUGGCACUAAUAAUUUAUAUUAUCUCAUAUUUUAUGUCUUGUAAAUGCAUUAGGUGUAUUCAAGUUCUGAAUGCUUUGAGAACUCUUUCAUAAGCAUACACAUGAAUGUAUCUCCUCUCCUGUUCAUUUGUCAACCAGUAUCUGCAAAUCUGAAAUCUUUGAACCCUACAGCCAUACAUCCGUUAAUGAUAAAAUGUUUGCUUUAAUACAGUACAACCAUAUCCAUGUCUUGGUACAUUUGCUGUUAACUUUAUUUUAUUUUUAAUUAUGUAUUAAGAUUCCAAAAAUAUUUCUACAUCAGGCCUUUAUAGAUUCGUUCUAAAUAUCUGUUAAGUGGAUUGAAGAUUAUACCUCCCUUACUCCCAAGUUGGAUCCAUUUCUCUUAGUUUCUUUUCCUUAUUUAAAUAUAUGUUAUGAUGCAUGCUCUUUUUUCUUUUUUUGGGUAGAACGAUGUAUGCUCUUAGUGUUACUUUUGAUGCCCUCUUUUGGUUGUACUAGUUAUAACACAUUUGCAUGGCAGCUAAAGAUUUUAAAUUUGAGAUUCUUUAACCAAUCUAAAUUCUAAUAUGGUCUGAAAAUAAUUAAUUGAUAAUUAAUCUUUUUAACGAGUUAUUUCUCACUUUCAUAUCCUCGGAGAGCAUAUAUUCCUCCUUCAAAUGUUUUAGGAGUCUAGAUAUAUUAGAAUUUUUUAUUUAAAAGAAGUUUUUGAAUUCUUUCUUUCUUGCUAAUCAAUUUUAAUAAGUGAGUAUGCUCUUAAGUAUUAUUUUAGUUAAUUUUUUUCCGAAUCUAAAACCUAUAGCAGCUACUUGCAUGUGCAAGUAUACUAUAACUAAAAGUAGGAAUGAUAUUUUCCUUCAAUCAGAUAGGAAGUGGAUAAAUAUUUGCCCACAUAUGAGUGUGUUGUGUGUGUGUGUGUGUGAGAGAGAGAGAGAGAGAGAGAGAGAGAGAGUAUUUAAUGGAGAAUGAAAUAACCAUAUAUCAAGCUGUCUGCCAACAUUCCCCAUUACAUCAAAACAUAAAUAUGCUGAACUCUAAAAGGGAGAAGAACAGGAACAACUAAGCAAGAAGCACAUCAUAAUAUUCAACAGAAGUACCAGACUUCCGGCUGAAAAAAAAAAAA